AGUCAAGCAUGCCACGCACCACGCAUUGCGCUGCCAAGGGCCCAUUUCCAAACCCUCAACUCCAUGCCUACCAGUAUUCAACUUGAUCAAUAACUCAUACACGCCGGUGGUUUGGCAUUUUUCUCCCCUGGAGCUGCUCCCACUAAUCUGCUUUCUCUUCUCCUUGUCUUCAGUUUUCUAGUUUGUCCAUCUACGCAACGUCUUAUUCGGUUCCCCGCGCAUCUUUGUCAUUCGUUCCUAUCCGGCACGCCGAGGAAGAAACACAACCAGCCCACAUUCAACGACCGCUUCCUUUCCCCUUGCCUCCCUCACAACGAAGAAACACCUUGCACGACUACCAAGGCCAAAAUCCUGUCUCCUUCCUUGUUCAUGUCCUAGAACAAGCCUUUGGUGUCAACAGAAAAAGAAGGGCUUUGCAGGGCUUACACAACAACCAUAAUAUAGCUGGACCAAAUCUGCCUCGCAUCGACAUUCCUGCGACAAGAAAACAUUCAGACACCCUGCUGUCCAGCUUUCGACGAUUCAAUGGCAGCCACGACGGCUCCGACACCGCCCGUCAUGACUCCGACUGCAAGCCCGAACCAUCUUCGAAAGCACAUUUCCCCUGAGCGUCUUACUUUGGGCGACGACGCCGGCCGCAAAUCGGUGUCGGCAAGAAUUCGGGACGCUCCCGCUUCUCCUGUCAGGGUGAACUUUCAAGCCGAGAACUGGGCCCAGCCAUCCAAUGCCAACAUCGAACUGGCACAACCCUACCAAGCAGAGUUUUCUACAGUUGAUCGUUCCCGAGAAUACAACGCCCCUACCCCUCCUUCGCAUACCUCGGGCUACGACCAGGCUGGACGACAAAUGCAAAGCCAUGACAGAAAUAAGCUGCCUCCCCUCAAAACGUCGAACUCCUACACUGCCGAACCCGAUUACUUGAGUCCAGCGAGCUCUCUUACCCCCAAUCAAAAUGGCCAUGAUCAGGGCUACAGGUCGAAGCGGGGGACCCAGGAAUCGGACAGCUUCAGCGCUCACAGCGCAAGAGCUCAAGAUGCCAAUCGCCACAGUCGGGAAUCGAACACUACCACCUCAAGCAACGCCCAACAGCAGGCAUCGGCGCAGUCCUCUGCGACGACAAGCGCGAGCUCCGUCUCUGGCAUCAACGAGUCAUCCGAAUACAAAGAUGAGUCCCCCGAGAGCUCGAUAAUGGAGGGCAACAUGCCAGAGAACAACUCUGUCCCCAUGUUUCAGUACUACCACCAUCAGGAGUUUCCUCCUCAGCGUGUCUCGAGUGUUCCUCAGGGGCUUGACGCUCGUCGUUCCUCUUCGAACCCCAGCCUCAACGCUGAUGGAACCCCCGUCAACCGUCAUCUGACGCCUACCGGUUUCACCAGAAGGACCUCCAUGCCCCGACCUUCGUCGGCUUACUCCGCUAUCUCGGAUUAUGCUCCCAGAGGGCGAUCCCCAAAUCUGAUGCCUGGAGGAUCACAUAUGCGGACACCAUCAGGCACUCGCAGGUCCCCGGAAACGAGACCAGCAUCAUACGCAGAGCUACUAAACGUGCCGUACCCUCAGCCAGCACCUGCCCCGAUCAGCUUCGACAACAACCAGUUGCGUAAUGCCGUUGGCAACAAUGCAUCUCUCCUCGGAGCCCAAAAGACACUGGAGAUGUAUCGCCAAAACGUCAAGAAGACCAACGACUUUUCUAUCCAAUACUCUUUUGCCGUUUUCCUCAUCUCUACCGCUCAAGAGCAAGGCCUGGACCCUAGUGAGCCAGCACCUCGCAAGGCAAACUCUAGCCCAAAGAAUUCCGCAUCAUCAACUCCCUACGACCUCCUGCGAGAGGCAAAGGGUAUACUCCAGAAGCUGGCCAGCGGUGGAUACCCCUUUGCUCAAUACUACCUCGCAGAUGGAUACGCCUCUGGUCUGUUUAGCAAAGGAAAGGAGGAUUAUAACCAAGCAUUUCCCCUCUUCGUUCUCGCCGCAAAGCAUGGUCAUGCCGAGUCCGCUUACCGCACGGCGCUAUGCUACGAGUUUGGUUGGGGUUGCCGCAAAGAUCCUGCGAAGGCUGUCCAGUUCCUUCGCAUGUCUGCGUCGAAGCGUCACCCAGGCGCAAUGUCCCGACUUGGCAAGGCAUGUCUCUCGGGUGACUUGGGAGAGAAGCGGUACCGCGAGGGUAUCAAAUGGAUGAAGCUCGCAGCAGAGGCUGCCGAUGCUGUCUACAGCGCAGCUCCGUAUCAGCUAGCUUGCUUGUACGAGACGGGCUACGGCGACGACAUCUUCAAGGACGAGGUCUACGCAGCAGAACUUUUCACCGCCGCCGCAGAACUCGGCCACCCAGAGGCCAACUUCCGCAUGGGUGAGGCAUAUGAACAUGGGAAGCUCAGCUGCCCCCGCGAUCCAGCACUCAGCGUGCAUUUCUACACUGGUGCUGCUGAGCGAGGACAUGCUGGUGCUAUGAUGGGCCUUUGUGCAUGGUACAUGGUCGGUGCAGAACCGAUCUUGGAAAAGGACGAAGAAGAAGCUUACGAGUGGGCUCGCCGAUCAGCCGAGAUGGGUUUCGUCAAGGCCCAGUACGCUGUGGGCUACUUCACAGAGAUGGGCAUCGGCUGCCGGCGUGACAUCUUGGAGGCCAAUGUGUGGUAUGUCAAGGCUGCAGACGCAGGCGAUGAGCGCGCAAAACAGCGGUUGGCAAUUAUCCAGGCAGCUGUCAGCGGCGGCACCCCGAUGGAAGUCGCCCCUCCCCGUAGUGGAAAGAUCAAGAAGGGCGGCGAAGAGAAGGAUAAGGACAAGGAUUGCAUUGUGAUGUGAGGAGUCACACCCAAGGAGACGGGCCGCAUCGACGGGAUCACACCAAAACACACCGGCGUUGGACAGGAGGUCAAGAAAAUUCAACUUCACUAAUAAUGACGAGGAGGGGCGCCUCUAUUUCCGGGAAAUGUUCAAGGGCCGACUUUUGCCGACGUUACUCGACGGUUGGAUAACGGACAAGAGCCGUGUCAAUUGGCAUAUCACCGGUUUUCUUCGUUUUCUCACACCCAUGGGCAUCUACAAAAGGGGAUUGGAACUAUGGGCGGGUGUUGACGGGAUGCAGUGAGAAGAGUCGCUACGCGUUGAAGAAAGGGGCAAAGCAUGCCUGUCUCGACGAUCCAAAGACUCUUCAUUUUCCCCUCUCCCACCAAUUUUCGGUCUUUUCGUUUUGUUUCUGGUCUUUUUUCUUCAUCCAAGGCGGGGGCUUUCAUGAAACUGCAUUUGCAUCGCAUGAGAAUCCGGGCACAAACGGGUGCUUCAUGAUCUAACCAUGGUCGAAAUUUCUAGCCUGGGAACUCCAUUGAACAAGGCGUUUGGAGAGGGGGGAAAUACAUUGCGAUUCAAGACAGACAAGAGUUGCGCGGGUGUGUACACGCCUGGCUGAGCCAUCAGAGGAGCCUGUACAUACGAGAUACCAUAAUCCCCUGUCUCGGACAGGCG